UUGCGCUUGAAAACGCACACAAAAAAAAAUGCAUAACGAUCCACCGCAGUGUACGUACCUCGAGGUUCCUACGAGUGUAUAACACCGAAGCCGCCUGCAGUGGCGGCCAAAACGCCCUCUCUUCUCCCAUCCCAUCCCUACCACCGUACAACGACUCUCUCUCUCUCUCUCUCUCUCUCUCUCUGCACCGAUGCUACCCAAAAUGACCUCGCCGUUGUCAGUUUACUCGCGGAUCGGUCGGGACGAGCUGCUGCCACUACAGCGGCGACGGCCGAGCAGCGUUAAAAAAGUUCCGCUCGAAGAGGAAGAGAACACCAGCCCGACGAGUGAGUGCAACGACAACAACGUCAUGAGCUGGGACGGUGGGCCGAGCGCCCAGAGACUCGUCCUGACACUGGCACUGCUGCUCGGCUGGAUGACUCUACUGGACAGUCAUAUAAUGGCGCGCAAUAACCCCGGAGACUCGUCGGGCAGGGUUGGGGGGGUUGCAGUGCAGGGACCGGUGGUAAGGGCCAAAGACUAUUUCAUCGGGCCCUGUUUGGUCAACACCAACCAGACCUGCCCGGACGAGGAGGUCUCGUUUUUCCUUUACACCCGGGACAAUCCGGACGCGGGCAGGCGCAUCCUGGUGAACGAGACGGGCUCCAACUUGGAGGACACGGCCUUCGAUCCAACGAGCCCGACCAAGCUCAUCGUCCAUGGCUACAACUCGGACAUGAGCCUCGACUCGCUCGUGGACAUUCGCCGGGAGUACCUGAACAGGUCCCGGGCCAACCUCGUGGCCGUGGAUUGGCACAGAUUGGCGGCCGGGCCGUGUUACCCCGUGGCAGUGCACAACGUGCCCCACGUGGGCGAGUGCCUCGCACAACUGAUCGACCGGCUGAGGGAGUACGGCGCCAAGGACAUCCACGUGAUUGGGUUCUCCCUGGGGGCCCACGUGCCGGCGUACAGCGCCAACCAUCUGAGGCCCUACAAGCUGCCUAGGAUAACGGGCCUCGAUCCGGCGAUGCCUUUCUUCAUCACGGUGGGCAAGGACGAGAAGCUCGACUCGAGCGACGCCGAGUUCGUCGAUGUUUUUCAUACCAACGCGUUCAUCCAGGGUAAGGUCGAGGCGGUCGGUCACGUGGAUUUCUACAUGAACGGCGGGAUCAACCAGCCGGGGUGCUGGGAGAAGCGUAACCCAUUCGGGUGCAACCAUAACCGGGCGGCCGCGUACUUUGCCGAGUCGAUCAACACGAAGACGGGAUUUUGGGGCUGGCCAUGUCCAGGAUUCCUGUCUUACCUGCUGGGGCUGUGUCCCCCGAGGUUCCCGGCCAUAUUGGCGGGGGAUACCGUCGACACGAGUUAUCGGGGUUUCUACCUCGUGAGGACGAGGUCGACGAGCCCCUUUGCCGAGGGCAUCUUUGCCGUCGAGCCCGGCUAUCAGCUGAACUUGUGAUUCUUGCGCAACGUGCGGUGUCGUGAAUUAUGACGCUUUUCGACCUUUGGGUUUUCAAGGGUUACGUGUCUGUAUUGAGCCUUGGAAGCUGCUUGGGACGUUCGUUGGCGCGAUAAAAAAUAUAUAUUCACGGUUCUCGUGCUCUUGCGGGUGGAAACAAACUUUUUGGUUGGUUUUUAGCUUUUUAAGAAAAUUUUUUAAUUCAUAGGGUUACUCGUAACUUUUUUUUUUUUUUUUUUUCUUUUUUGCUAAUAAACUACUUGAAGAAGGAUUUAUGUUGGUUACAAGAAUCCAUAGGUUGAUAUACUUCCUUUGAAGUUUUUAAGAUAAAAGAUAAUACACUGACAAAGUGCAUAUUGUGGUCUUGACUGUCAAAUGGAUCAGUAAAUUCUUAAUUGAUCACACUUUUUUGUCAAAAUAGUUAUUAUAAAUAUAUUUUCAUGAGCGUUGAAUGUUAAAAAAAAAAUCAAAAAGUAUAUUUGUACAUGACUUUUUAUUCUUUUAUUUAUGAAGAUAAAAUUCAAUCUUAUUUAAACUCAACACUUGGUUAAAAACUUGCUUCCUCAGUGACACUUGGAUUUGUAAUGCGUUGGUUUAUUGUAAAUAUUUACACAACUAAUACAUUGAUGCUUGAAAGAUUUUCUAUAAUUAUUGAUUUGUGCUUUUAAUUCAGCGUCAUCGCCACACGUUUUAAAAACAUCGGCGCACUCUGGUGAAAUUCCGCAACUAAAAUCAGUCCUCAGCGAAAAAAAAAAAUCGGAACAGCUAUGUAUAAUUACCGGAUGGUUCUCGUGAACUGAUUAGAAAGACCCCCUCCAACAAACCGGACGCGCAAUUGAAUAGUCCACUGUUUGCGCUUUCACUGGAUGUGGAUCGUGAUUAUCUGGUGCUUGGUCGUCAAAAAAUAAAUAUACGAUUUUAAAGUCCACCAGUAUUUGUGUGACGUUAAGAGUUUUAUUGUUAUUUGAAACUUUUAAAAUUACACUCUGAACGAUAUUUUUUUUUUAAGGUAACAGUUCUUGCGGUAAAAAAAAACUUAUCUCCGUCCAAGUGCACAGUAGCAUAGUUAUUCAAAUUAUAAAUACAUACAAGGCACUUCAUUUUGUGUUGAUUGUUACUACUUUUUAAACAGUAAUUUUGUUUUUUCUUAAUAUAAGUUUUUUUUUUAUCGACCGUAAUUUUUUGAAUUUCGGUACGAGUUAUAUAUUUAGUGGACGUUUGGAAGUAAUAGCGAGUUAAAAUUGUACGUGACCACGAUAAAAUUACCGUUAUGUAUUAAAUUAAAUCACCGAGUUCCUAUGUAUACAUGAACCAGAAACAUCUCACUAUAGUUUACUGUAGUAAAAUAAAACUUUCGUUGUACACGUGAUAUUGCAUUAACGUCAUUGAUUGCGUAAAAUAGAUAAAAGUACCUACCAGAUAUACCAAAUAUUGCAUUUUCAGGCUACAAAAAAAAAAGCGCCAGUGUCAAGUAUCGUAAAAUGAUUCCAAAGUUGUAUCGUGAAUGAAACUGACAUGAUUAAGUGUCACUUUGAUUCGUCAUCAAAUAAAACAGUAUGCUUCGUUUGAUAUUUAUUCUAGUUAAAUGCAAGUAUAAUUUUUAUGUAGGAUUUUUAAUAUUCAUUGUUUGAUAAACAAAUACGAAAAUGAAAACUAUUGACAUCCUCAUUUUUGUAUGUAUAAAGUAUCAUAGCUAGUUAUCGUAAUGAGUUAAGCAUUUAUAGUCUCUGUUUUAACAUGCAACAACAUGAUCAUCUUUCGAUUGUACAAAACUGCACUGAGAGAAUGAUACCUUGAGCAAUAAGAUAAGUCCUAACUAUGCAUAUGUAUUUUUUAAAUGUAUGAUUAAUUGUGUACAUACUGCCAUCAAAAAACGAGAAUCGUGUCAAAGGUUUGUACUAUGGAAAUUAUCUAAACAAGGCUCUAUUGAGCACUGCUGUACAACUAUCAACUGCAUAUGAAAAUUUUUCACAGCAGAAACAAUCAAUAACAAUUUGAAAGAAAAAACA